GUGACUAGACUUAUGAUUUCUCCUUUGCAUAUCAUACAGAAAGCUUAAAAGGAGUGUUGUGGAGAUCAGAGGAGGACACUAUAAAUGAGGAUUUUGGUGAAGUGUUUUGAAGAGAUUUUGAUUUUGAUUGUAAUUGUUAUUUACUUUUCAAAGCAAAGUUCAGAAAGUGAAAGUAAAUUGUAAGUCGUUGCAGAAGAAGAGGAAAUGGACUCAAAAUCUGUGGAAGAGCUUUCUUGUCCCGUGUGCUGUGAAAUUUUCAAGGAUCCUAUUAUUCUGUCCUGUAGUCACAGUAUUUGUAAAGAGUGUCUUCAACAGUUCUGGAAGACCAAGAAAACUCAGGAGUGUCCCGUCUGCAGAACAAGAUCCUCAAAACAAGAUCCUCUGUGUAAUCUAGUGUUAAAAAACUUGUGUGAUUCACUGAUAAAGGAGAGAAAUGAGAGGCGUUCAUCAGGAUCUGAGGAGAUCUGCAGUUUACACAGUGAGAAACUCAAACUCUUCUGUCUGGAGGACAAACAGCCGGUGUGUUUAGUGUGCAGAGACUCAGAGAAACAUGUCAAUCACACAUUCAGACCCAUCAGAGAAGUGGUUUCAUCUUACAAGGAGGAACUGAAUACAGCUCUGACAUCUUUACAAAAUAAGCUUGAAAAUGCAGACGAAAUGAAAGAAGAGUGUGAUAAAACAGUGCAACACAUCAAGUCUCAAGCUGAGCACACAGAGCGUCAGAUUAAAGAGGAGUUUGAGAAGCUUCAUCAGUUUCUCAGAGAUGAAGAAGAAGCUACAAUCACUGCACUGAGAGAGGAAGAGGAGCAGAAGCAGCAGAUGAUGAAGGAGAAGCUGGAGGAGAUGAACAGACACAUCUCAGCUCUUUCACACACAAUCAAAGACACGGAGGAGAUGAUGAAAGCCAGCGACGUCUGCUUUCUGAAGGACUUUAGCAUCACAAUAAAAAGAGUCCAGAUCUCACAGCCGGAUCCACAGAUGAGUUCUGGAGCUUUGAUUCAUGUCCCACAUUACUUGAGUAACCUGCGGUUCAGAGUCUGGAAGAAGAUGCAGGAGACUCUCAAACACACUCCAUUGACUCUAGAUCCAAACACAGAAGGUCAUUGGCUCACACUCUCUGCUGAUCUGACCAGUGUGUCGUACAAUGAUUUGCGUCAAAAUCUUCCUGAUAAUCUGGAGAGGUUUGACUUUUAUCCAUGUGUUCUGGGAUCUGAGGGCUUUAACUCAGGAGCACACUGCUGGGAUGUGGAGGUUGGAGACAAUACAUACUGGAGUCUUGGAAUAACCACAGCAUCAAACCAAAGGAAGGGAGAGGUUUUCUUUAACACUGAUGUCUGGUACUUUCGGUACAUAAACAGCGAAUACUACUCACAAUCCCCAGAUCAACCCUCGACUCACGUUACAGCUAAAGAGAAGCUGCAGCGUGUGAGAGUUCAGCUGGACUGUGACGGAGGAAAGGUGUCCUUCUCUGAUCCUCUAACUAACAUUUGUCUGUGCUCAUUCACAACAACCUUCACUGAGACUGUCUUUCCAUUCUUAUAUAAUCGCUGCGCAACUUUGCCUCUGAGGAUCUUACCAGUUAAACUGAUUGUAACAACAGAAAAUCACAAUUAAUUCUGCUAAUUCUGAAUCUAAAUCUGUUUUUUUUUUUUUGUUUGUUUGUUUUUAAAACAACAACACUGUAAUCAGUGGGAAAUGGGUCUCAUUCUUCAGUCACAUUUAAAUUAAUUGUACACGAAGAUAUAGAUUAUAUAGAAAUUAAAGAAUAAUUACGGUAACACUUUAUUUUAAGAACCAAUUCUCACUAUUUAGUUGUUUAUUAGCAUGCAUAUUACAAGCAUGGCUGUUUAUUAGUACUUAUAAAGCACAUGUUAAUGUCUUAUUCUGCAUGACCAUAUUUUAGAUCCUUAAUCAUAACUCAUUCCUGAAUUUAACAACUACCUUAGCGAAUCCGUAUUCGGAAAGGCGCAGAAAACAUGGGGGGACAUGGUUAGCCACUUGCUAGCAGUAGCCUGUUACAUUACAGUACAUAAAAUUUCACUUACCACAUAAACAGAGAGGUAAGGAGAGAUGACCGAUAGGACGAUGGUGAAUGAUUUGCAGAUCCUGAGCAACACUGACAAACAUCUAAUCUUGUGAAAUGUGUCGUAAGUAGUGCCGCUCCGUAGUAGAUUAGGCUCCAUGUGAUCGUGAAACUAAAAAGAAAACGUGCAUUCAUAAGUGAUUUCAAUGUCCCGCAUAUUAAUAACGGCUCCCUGAAAGCACUGAAAUAUAUUUAUCUCGUAUAUAUCAUAUUUAUUCCCUUUACGGUUGCCGUAAUACACAUCAUUACCUUUCCGAAUACCGUAUUCGGAUUUGGGCACAUCCCUAUUACUAACUAUUAAUAAGCAGCAAAUUAUGAGUUUAUUGAGGCAAAAGUUGUAGCUAAUAGUUAGUUAAUAGUGAGAAUUGGACCAUAUAAUAAAGUGUGACCUAAAAUUACAUUAGUUAAUUGGUUGUGAGAAAAUAUCAACACAGGAACUGAAACUGUGCUCAUCAAACUCUCUAUAGAAUUGAUAUAAGGUGUGAACAUUGUAUAGUCUAAUAAAGUAUAUUUGAGUAUUAACAGUGUUGUUGUCUAACCCAUGAUUUAACAAAUAUAAAUUCAGUGCUACAGUAAAUAUGAGUAUUCAUCAGGGGUAGCCAAUCCUACUCCUGGAAAGCUACCUUUCUGCAGAGUUCAGCUAAAACCCUGCUCCAACACACCUGCCUGUAAUCUUUAAGUAAAUUUAAACAUAGGUUAGAUUAUUAUAAUUGUUUAAACAGUUUUGAGUUGUAAGGAUCCACCCGCUAGUCCAAACAACGGAAUCCAGCGGCCUGGUCGAAGGCUUAGUGCAUGUUCGGUCUUUUACUUGCGCUUCUGAAUUUAUCAGGAUUUAGUUUCAAUUUUGACCUAGCUCCAAUUCUGAUCUGACUCCAAUUCCAAGUGAUCAUUAAAUUUAGACUAAUUAAAAAGUGAUCACAAAUAUCGCUUAUAUAUUAAUUUAGAUAUUUGAUUAUUCUGACGUGCCUACUGCUCCGUUCAUUCACGAGCCUUCAGUUUGAUCUAUCCUGGCCGUAGAUUUGCGGUAACAAAAGCCUCCUCACAGUCUAAUAGUCAUAAUGAUUUCAGGACAGUUCAGAAUAAAUCAAAUAUAACAAUUUAUUAUUAGUCAGGUAAACGUGUCGUGCCAAUUACAUAAAACAAUAAGAAGCCAAUUCAAAAAUAAGAAAAUACAUAAUAUCAGUUGUUCAAAGAUGAAUCUAAGAGUAAAAUGUUUACCUGAAUUCAAGAAGAAAAUACAUAGUAUGGAACAUAUUAAAUACCCUCCACACUACGGGCUGAUCUGACUACAAAUCGCCCCGACUGAUUUGCAACUUUCCCUUAAAUACUACCAGAACAAAAGGCUCAUAAACAUUUAUUCUCUGCCCCAAAACAGAUUAGAUCUGUGUAUGGGGGAUGAGAAGCCUCAGGAAGAGAUGUUCUCACACCUGUAGAGCAAUGUUUAUCAGGUUUUGAAUGGAGACCGCCCACACAACAGAGGUACAGAAUUCACUUAAGUUUUCAAUAUUUCUCAUAAUACAAGUGACUACUGUGAAAUUGAGACCAGUUUACCCAUCGCACCGAUACCUUUAAAAUGAUACCAAACAUGAAAGAGAAAAACAACAGGUUCACAAGAUACAUGAUAUGUGGUAUUUGCAUAUUCUUAAUGAACUUUGAGUGAACCCUUUUGGGGAGAAAGAGGGAGAUGCAGAGAUGGCAGGGUGAAGAAGGGGGUCGUAAAUGAUCAAAGAAGAUAAGUUUGGUUAGGGUGGUGUUGUCUGUUCUCUUUGGAGAUCUUUUGUUGUCUUUGGAGAUCUCUUCUCCAGGUUAGUUUCAUGGUUUUAUUGCAUGGCAUCUGUGAGUUCCUGAGUUAAUUUCAUAAAGGAAAUAAUUUCACUCCCUACAGUCCAUCCCUUGGUGCCUUGGGGCAAACGUUGAGUGGUACCUAAGGUACCAUAAGGAAAUUAUUUCCGUAUGAUGUUCAUUACUGCCAAAGUCUUUGCAGAGUGGGCAGCACUAGUUGAUACAUGCAGGAGCGGAGUGGUCACCUGAAAGAACAGCAUUAAGGCAGGUUGAGGAAAACACUGCAGAAAUCACAUCAGUGACAUGCCCAGUCUUUUGAGCAUAAGCAUCCUUUGUUGCUGCAGUCUUUUGGUCAGGUGUGUUUCCACCUGCACUGGCUGUGAAGGUAAUCAGUUUGUAGGAUUACUUCUUGUAUCAGGUCCGUUGAGUUGAUCAAGCAAGUUGAAAGUGUCCUUCUAUCUGUGUCCAGUGCCGUCUUCCCCAGGAUGUUUAUCUGACCCACUGAGAAGCCUUCAGUCACCUUCAGGUAGAAGGUGUGAUUUGCCAAAUUUGUCAGAUCUUCAUAGGUGAAGGAAUCAUUUCACUGACGAUACUCCAAUACAUGCAAGACAUCUAAACGACUUCUGAAUGACCAUGCAAUAACUAAACACUCAUGACUUUGGUGAUGUUGUGGGAUGAAAAGAGGGUUAUAAGAUAAACAAAAAUACAUAAAAUAACAAUCAUGUCAAAAGUGCGAGUGGUAAAUAAGGUCUCCAUUUUUCAGAGUCAAAUAUUUAGUGGACAGGUCCCAUUCGGUUGCCAGAUUGUUUAUUACCACUAAAUAUUGUAAUUUGGAUGUAGGUUCUUGGUCUGGGUGAAUAAAAGGGAAGUAGCAAAAUCAGUAUAACCAGUAUAUUUACCAGUGGUAUGCAUAAUUAAAAUAUGUCACAUACUUAAACAUAAAAAUAUACAAUUUCAUAAUUACUAUCAUAAAAUUGUCUAUAUUGUUUUAAUUGCGAAGCAUUAAUGCAGACCUAAGGUUUCAACUAGGUCAAUCAGAGAAUGAAAUUAACAGAAAGAUUUAAAAUCUGUAGUUUAACUUUUUCAAUCAUUCUCUGUGCAUUUGAUGUGCACACUAAGUCACACUUGAUAAUGUAAGUUUGAGUGUUCAUAUCAGAUCUCAUUUAUUUGGAUAAAUUUGCAUUGCCAUUAGACAUAUGCUGCAAACUAGUGGGCCCCCUAGUUCACAACAAUGCCAAUGAUUGGACAUGAUAAAUAUUUUGUCUUAAGAGACCAGCUGUAUUGCUGAAUAGGUCUCAUCUUAGAAUUUGUAAACAUAAUUUGAAUCAAUUGAUGUGUGACUGUAGCCAUGCAAGUCCUAUGCACAUUACAGUGUUUACAUACAGUACGUUCAUAAGACCAUACAAUUUGCACAAUGUUUUAAAAUUGCAAAAAUGUUUGCCAUAAUUGAAAUUAAAUUAUAAAAAAAUAAUUUCCUUUGACCUAUAUGUAUGAAGUCAAUAAUGCUUGAUAGGUUUGAAUGAUGCGAGUAAUUUAGACCUGAAUGUCCUUAUGUUCAAUACCUAGUAAGCAUAUUGUGCAGUUGCAAUAAUGAAAGUGUGUUCUGUAUGUUUGUGUGUAGGAGAUGGGUGAUGUCUAGCCUACCAUAAUCUGUGUUGUAAAAUUUUUGUUCCGGCACUACACCGGGAGGUCAUGUAACUAUUUGUAUAUUGCUAUGAGAUGUGAAUGGCCCCUUGAAGUAUCUACACCCCCGUCUCCUUGUUGUGUGCGUGCAAGUUGUUGUAGGUGGGACCAGGCACUCUUGUGGAAUUUGUCCCUCAGAGAUGGCAGCAGUCAGUCUGAAAGGGAAACAGACAGAGAGAAAAACAGCCUAAUCUUGAGCCUUUUUACAAUUUGCUUGAAGACUGGUGGAUCUUAAUUUUCCUGUAAUGGCCACAGCCAUACAGUUGUUGCAGAUGGUUGUGAUCCAAGAUUGCAUAUCAUCAGGAGCAAAUUUGUUUUAGUUUACAAAGGCAUAUAUCAUUAUCAUGAUCAUGUUUUGCAAACAAAAGUCCAAAGUAAACAGUGUUAAUGGUCAGAUCUGGAAGCUAGUGUUUCAGCACCGUCUAAGCAUGUUGCACCUUAAGCGGCUGCUACAGCUGAGUUUACGCAGUCUGCUGUGUUACAGGCAUCAUGACACCCAGAUCUGCUGGGAAAUUUAACUUCUAAAUGCUACUGUUUACAUUAGUCAGAUCUGUUUUCAGGGCAUUAGCUUGCCAGUUCUGGUGCUGCAAUGUUAGCUUAGCAAUUAAUAUUUUCUUAUUCUCUUCAUAAAUUUGACCAUUUCCAUCUCUGCAGUCUGUAAAGACUUGUGAAUUUCUGCCUGAUUUUAACAUUACACACAACUUUAAUCACAUGUCCAGUAAAAAUGAGUUCUCUGAUCAGAUUCCAUAUGCGCUGUCCUUCCCAGAGAAGAAUAGGGAUGGGCGAUAUGGGCUUAAAAGUAUAUCAUGAUAUUUCUGGUAUUUUAUUGCGAUAACGAUAUCAAUGACGAUAAUUCAGGGAAUCCUGUUUCUUUAGAGAAAAGUAUUAUGUUUCCUAUUUUUACUCAGAAUAGGGUGUUGUGAGCAUUACUGAGUACAUGUUUUGACUGUUUAAUUCACACUGGAAACUCCACAUAUGUUUAUCUAUGUUCUUCAAUUAUGGGUAUUUUUUUGAUAAGGAAAUUAUAUGUAUAAUGCAAUGCUAAUCGACAUGGCCUUUAUCACUGUAUAUAAUACUAUCAUUCUGUAAUAUGAAACCAUUUCUGGUCACAAAAAGAAGUUAAUUCAAACACUCAACUAUGUUAUUAAGUUAAUUUGGACAAAAAGCAUGUCAAUAAAUGAUAUCUUUGUUGGA